GUGAAGUUGUACCUCUCUCUUUUGUUACAAAUUAAACUUUUCUACCUUUACAAAGCGUGGCAGAACAACAGAGGAAGACAGUGAAGAGUUUUUGACCUUUUCUUUUAGGAAUUUCUUCAUUCAGGUGAAGCAACAGAUCUUUAAUCACCUCCAAAGGCUGGAGCAGAGGGAGCAAAUUAUGGUCACAGAGCCCAGUGUGUACAGCAGCACUAUGGGCAGGAAUGACAACAACUGUGGUUCUUGGAGAGACGGUGAUGACCCCAAAACAGACGUCCAUGCUGACAAAAAGAUGGGAAGCUUCAAUCCGGGCACACUGUGCAACUCACCAGAUAUCUGUAACUUGCCUGAUGACAUCGCGCUCCAGCUUGAAUCUGCCUUUCUUGGUGACAAUGCUGUCAACGCUGAUGAUGGAGUAAACAGGAGUCACAGGGGAAAGAGCUGUGAGGAUGAUGAAGAGGGCCACCUGGUCUAUCACAUCGGUCUCGUGAUGAAAGAAAGAUAUGAAGUGUUAUGUACAUUGGGGGCAGGAGCCUUUGGAAAGGUGGUCGAGUGUAUUGAUAGAGACAAAGGGGAGCACGUAGCCGUGAAGAUUGUGAGGAACAUUGAGUGUUUCCGUGAAGUAGCCAGGUCUGAGAUUGCAGUGCUGGAGGAGAUCAACCGCCUGGAUGAUGACAACAGAUUCGCCUGUGUGAGGAUGCUUGACUGGUUCGAGCACGAAGGUCACAUCUGCAUUGUGUUCGAGCUGCUCGGCCUCAGCACCUUUGAGUUCCUCCGUCAGAACGAGUUCCUGCCGUUCAGCGUGGAGGAGAUCAGACACAUGGCCUUCCAGAUCUUCAAAGCCGUCUGCUUCCUGCAUCGUAACAAGCUGACUCACACAGACCUGAAGCCAGAGAACAUCCUGUUUGUGUGUUCCGACUACGACCUGGAGUACAAUGACAAGACGAACUGUGCGGUGAGGAAACUGAGGAGACUGGAUGUGAAGGUGGUGGAUUUUGGCACCGCCACAUUUGACCACGAACACCAUGAAUCCCUGGUGUCAACGCGUCACUAUCGAGCUCCAGAGGUCAUACUGGAUCUGGGCUGGAACCAGUCGUGUGAUGUUUGGAGUCUGGGCUGCGUUCUCAUGGAGUUUUACCUGGGACGUUCACUGUUCAUGACCCACGACAGCAAAGAACAUCUGGCCAUGAUGGAGAAAGUCCUGGGACCGAUCCCCCCACACCUGCUGAAACAGACCAGAAAGCAGCAUUACGUGCACAACGAGCGUCUGAACUGGGCCGAGAAGAGCUCCUCUGAUGAUUACAUAAGGAAACACUGUAAACCUCUCAAGCUGUACAUGCAGAGGAAGACCGAGGACGAGAGGCAGCUAUUCGACCUGCUCAGCUGCAUGCUGGAGUACGACGUCUACAGACGGCUCACCCUGGAGGAGGCGCUGUGGCACCCGUUCUUCAGCCCGCUGAGGAUGCAGAAUCAGCAGCGCAGCUAGCACAUGCGCACACACACACACACACACACACACACACACACAACACACACACACACACACACACACACACACACACACACACACACAUUCAGCAUCUACCUCGGGCUGUAAUUUAAGAGUUGCGAUUUCUAAACUGUUUGGGUUGGUAGGUCUGAGUUGAUGAGUUGGAGGAUUUUUAGUUUCAUUUAACAGUUCAUUAACAGUUUCAGAGAGCAUUCCUGUCAAUUUGAAAUAUUUGUUUUGACAUCCCAACAGUCUGCAUGUCUUUGUAAAAAGCCAAAUGUAUUGUGAAACAAUCGCGUGUUUUCCUUCAUUGAUUCUUUGUCACAUUUGUCAGCAGUUUGUUAAUAAAUAUUUAGCAUUUUGGUUUUAAA